AUGGCUGCAAAUAACGUCGACCCCAGAGUAAGGUCUUUAGAACUACUAUUACAGAAAUUAGAAGCACCAGCUCCUUUUCCAGACGUUGUCGAUGUAGAAAAUUUACCACCUCGCACUCCAUUAAGGCAAAUGGCUCCCGAGACGCCUCAGUCAUCGACACCGAGGCAAGAACAAACAAAUGAUCAUACCAAAAAGAUCCUCCAACAUGUUUUACAGAAUGAGGAAUACCAGUUAGCAAAGAGCUGUCUAAUAAGAACAACGUUGUCGCGCAUGCCACCAGGACCAAGAGACUGCUAUGAGGAUGUGUCACAAAUGCAGCAAGUGGUACCACGAGGAGUGCGUGGGUUUGUCAGAGGAUGA